GAUUGUCAAUACGUGGCUCUGCGGUGAUUUUACGAAAAAAGGAAUUAUUCAAGCUUAUGUUCGUGUUUAUUAGAACUUUGGAUAGUAUUUAUAUAAAAAAUCGAAAAAAAUGAAGUUUACUUCGAAUUCAUUAUGGUUGGCCACGACAGUAAUAGUUUCAUUACUUAAUACUGCUAAUAGUUAUACUAUCACUGUAGAUGCACACGCCGAAGAAUGUUUUUUCGAAAAUGUGGAAGCAGAUACGAAAAUGGGUUUAAAAUUUGAAAUAGCUGAAGGAGGUUUCCUAGACAUAGAUGUAACUAUCACAGGGCCUGAUGGUUCAGUCAUAACAAAAGGUGAAAGGGAAUCGUCUGGUGUAUAUACAUUCUCAGCACCGACGUCUGGAAAAUAUACAUAUUGCUUCAGCAAUAAAAUGUCCACAAUGACUCCUAAGGUAGUGAUGUUUAAUAUGGAAAUAGGGGAAGCACCAAGUAAACCAUCAGGCAAAGAAGAGGCAGAUCACAAUAAACUCGAAGAUAUGAUCAAAGAACUGGCAACUACACUCAAAACGGUUAAACAUGAGCAAGAAUAUAUGCAGGUUCGAGACCGUAUCCAUCGAGAUAUCAAUGAAAGCACCAACUCUCGUGUUGUCAUGUGGUCCAUAUUUGAAGCAUCAGUACUACUGGUCAUGACUCUUGGACAGGUGUAUUACCUGAAGAGAUUCUUUGAAGUGCAGCGUGUAGUUUAACAUCUGUCCUGCAUCUAUUAUACUAACAUGUUGUAUAUCUUAAUGUAUGCUCUAUAUGAACUAUUUUCCCUACAUUUUACGUUAUAGGUUGUCUUUUUUUUAUUGCUAUGCAAACAUUAAGAAAUUACAACUUGUUGUAUAGAAUAUAAAAUGUGGUAUAAUAUACCUCGCCCCUUGAUAUUAUACUACAUAUUCAUCACAAGUGAAUUCUUCAUUCAUUAACACCUGUUUACACAUGACACAACAUUAAAAUUAGUAUUUAUUUUCCAUUUCGAUUGUCCCUUUAUGAGUCACGCACACAGACAAGCAAUGUAUGUAAAUAUGGCACACUUUUAUAUAUUAAUAAAUCAAAAUACUAUGUUAGUAGGGGCGAGGCAAGAAUGAACUUCCUGAUCUGAAGUGUGCAUGGAGUGUGUAAUGCAUUUUUUUAUUAGAGAAAUAAAUUAAUAAUGUUUGUU